GUCCCGUCCCGGCAGCCUCCGCGCGGCGCUGCUGGUGGCGGAGGCGGUAAGAUGGCGGCUGUGAGUCUGCGGCUCGGAGACCUGGUGUGAUAAAAAGAGCGGCGCGCUCCAGGCUGUGACAACUGCAAUUUCUCAUCCGAAACAUUGGCAGUGGUGUGAAGUUGUCUAAUUUGUGUAGCAAAGGGGAAGCUGGGCCGGUAUCCUCCAUGGCCAGGAAAGAUUGUUAAUCCACCUAAAGAUCUGAAGAAGCCUCGUGGAAAGAAGUGCUUCUUUGUCAAGUUUUUUGGGACAGAAGAUCAUGCGUGGAUCAAAGUGGAACAGUUAAAGCCUUAUCAUCUCCACAAAGAGGAAAUGAUAAAGAUUAAUAAGGGUAAGCGUUUCCAGCAAGCUGUGGAUGCUGUGGAGGAGUUCCUGAGGAAAGCAAAAGGCAAGGACCAGGCAUCUUCCCAUAACUCCACUGAGGAGAAGAACCGGCGUAACUCCAGUGAGGAGAGAGGCAAACAGUCUGCUAGUGAAGAGAAACGCAAAGCUGGCUUGUCUGAAGGGAAGUUGAAGAAGGCCACAGGGGAAGGAAAGAAACGAGUUUCUUCUGUUUCAUCGGACAGAGGCUCAAAAUCGCCACUGAAAAGAGCACAGGACCAGAGCCCCCGAAAGCGGGGUCGUCCCCCAAAGGAUGAGAAGGAUCUCACAAUCCCAGAGUCAAGUACAGUGAAGAAAGUGAUGACUGGAACAGUGGCUGGAUUUAAAUGGCCACCAAGUGUAGGCGAGCCUGUUAAGGACAGCGACCCACAUUUCCAUCACUUUCUGCUCAGCCAGACAGAGAAGCCGGCUGUCUGCUACCAGGCCAUAACUAAGAAGCUGAAAGUGUGUGAAGAGGAAACAGGAUCCACCUCCAUCCAGGCUGCAGACAGCACGGCAGUCAAUGGCAGCAUCACUCCUACAGACAAAAAGAUAGGAUUUCUGGGUCUUGGCCUCAUGGGAAGUGGCAUUGUCUCCAACUUACUAAAAAUGGGUCACACCGUCACUGUGUGGAACCGCACUGCUGAAAAGUGUGACUUGUUCAUCCAGGAAGGGGCACGGCUAGGAAGAACCCCUGCUGAGGUGGUCUCAACCUGCGAUAUCACCUUUGCCUGUGUAUCAGAUCCAAAGGCAGCCAAAGAUCUGGUACUUGGUCCGAGCGGGGUAUUGCAGGGCAUACGCCCAGGGAAGUGCUAUGUGGAUAUGUCGACUGUGGAUGCAGAUACUGUCACAGAAUUGGCCCAGGUGAUAGUAUCCAGGGGUGGUCGCUUUUUGGAAGCACCAGUCUCAGGAAAUCAGCAGCUGUCUAACGAUGGGAUGUUGGUGAUCUUAGCAGCUGGAGAUAGGGGUUUAUAUGAGGACUGCAGUAGCUGUUUCCAAGCAAUGGGGAAGACCUCUUUUUUUCUAGGUGAAGUAGGCAAUGCUGCCAAGAUGAUGCUGAUUGUGAACAUGGUCCAAGGGAGUUUCAUGGCCACGAUAGCAGAAGGACUGACUCUGGCUCAAGUGACUGGUCAGUCCCAGCAGACCCUUCUGGAUAUCCUCAAUCAGGGACAGCUUGCCAGCAUCUUCCUGGACCAGAAGUGCCAAAAUAUCCUGCAAGGAAAUUUUAAGCCUGACUUCUACCUGAAAUACAUCCAAAAGGAUCUUAGGUUAGCCAUUGCGCUAGGCGAUUCUGUCAACCAUCCAACUCCCAUGGCAGCUGCAGCCAAUGAGGUAUAUAAACGGGCAAAAGCAUUGGACCAAUCGGACAAUGACAUGUCUGCUGUGUACAGGGCCUACAUCCAUUAGGCUGCACCAUUCUUUACUGUUAAUACCAUGUUUAUUAAUUAAUAUUAUUAUGAUACUGGGUUUUAACUCUGGACCAGUCCAUCUCUGUCUCUCCAUUUCCUUUUAUACACAAACUUUGAGAUCUGCCAUGAGGGCAGCUGCUUCAGUGAGCCUUCCCCUGGCGGUGGAAGGGGAAGGAGGGGGCUCGGAUUGUUGCAGUCUGAUUAGAAAAUCCAUGCCAUGCACUGACAGUCACGGAACAGAACAGUAGCAACUCGUUCAGAAGCUUUGAGGCACUUCCACCUGAAAUCUGCUGCUUGGCUUCUUUUAUCCUCUUUUGUGUGCUUGUCCGAGAUGCUGUUUCUAAUGAUUGCUUCUCUCCUUUGUUGUAAUGUACAUGCUGGUUUCCCUGCAUCAAGGGACCGUUGAAAUCCUUCCCAUCUACAUGUGGAUAUCAGUAAGGGCCUGGGUCCCAUUUGAGGGUAAGAAGUUACUCUUCUUUUCUCAACUGAUGCUGUAGAACAAAGCGCCUCCCAUGGAGGUGAAAGGGCAGUUCUGGAAGGUGAUGGGGCUGCAUGCAACGCUGUCUUGAUCUCCCUCCCGCCCUCAACCCACUGCAAGAAUUGAGACCUUAAUGGAUAAAGUGGGAGAGAAACCGUUAUGAACACAGCUUCCUAAAAAGCUUAUUGUAGCAUCCCAUAAACAGUAUUGGGAACUUAGAGGGGAUGGCUUAGAAAUCACAAAACAAAUUCACCAGGCCAGAAUUAGUGUAUUUUACUCAGUGAAGGAACAAGCCAGGGUCCCUUCUUUCUUUUUAUGUUUUUACAUAGAUUUACCUCUGUUUUUCAACCAGUGCAUAUUUACAAAAGCUUCUUGGAUUCUGGGAAUGUCACAAACAGAGUCAUGAGUCUGCUGAGAUGGCCAGAAGGAAUGAUCAUAGGGCUAAGAGACAAAGUCUGGGGUUGCAAGCCAAGCUAUCACCCUGUGGCUGUCAGGUGGUAGUCUUAGCUCUUUGCCUCGUUUUCAAAAUGAGCAAUAUUCAUCUACUUCCCAGGGGAGUUGUGAGGUUUCAUCGGUGAACUUUGAAUAGGUCAGAUUUCCUGUGCCAGUGCUGUGCGGCUGCACUGAGACUCACCCAGCCUGGUGUCUCUCAGUACUUGUGACCCUGCUUGUGGCAACCCAUUGGUCAGAUACCAAAGUUUGAGAAAGGCCUAGUUCACGGAGCAGGGGCUGGAGGCUGCUGCUGAAUAUGAGCCUAAAGCUGUGGAAGCCAGUACUUAAGAAGUCAUUAGUGCUGAAAGCAGAGAAAGCCAGAGUCCAAAUGAUGCCUGUGUCUGGGGUGGGGCAGAAAGCACAGAGCUCUCUGGAUGUUACUUAUAAAUUCUCUCAGUAUUAGCCUGGUAGGAGGGCUCUUGCGUUUUAAUGAAUGAAAAGGUCAGUGAUCAGGACCAUGAACUCUUCCCCUUGACAUCAAAAUGGAAGAGAGCAAAGGCAGAGUGGGCUGCAUUCCUUUAGCUUCUUGAGGACUGCUCCUGCUCCUCGUCCCAUAAGCAGCAGCAGUAGCAGUGUUUAUUGCACUGGCUAAAAGCAGAGCCAUGAGAGCCCACCUUGGCAACAUUGCCCCCAUCCUUUAGGCACCUUUGGGGUUUUUGAAGGGAAAAGCCCCCACCUGGAAAUAAUCCCCUGGCUCUGGAUUUCUUUAGCUGAACCACAUGCCUUGCCUGUGGAAGGGUGCAUAGCUUUGUGGUGUGGUUCAGAGCACCUCAGUUAGAGGGAAAAUAUCAGGCAUUCGUUAUGGAACAGAACAUCCAACUCCUCCCUAAAGCUGUAAAUGUUUCACCUCUGAUGACCCAUUACUGUUUGUGGACUAAUGCUGCACUGGGCAUUAUCCCUCACAGUGAGCAUCACCCUGUAAUAAGAGAUCCUGUUACUUUGCCUAAUGACUCAUUGCUGUACAUAUGCAGAAUACUAUAUCAUAUGUACAAGUCUGCCUGCACAACAACUGCCAGUCUUGUGCACAUAGGUAUUCUACAUUAACUGCACCCAUGUACUUACCUGGUAUCCAUCUGCUUUUGACAUCUUUGCCACCCAUGUAGCUCAGCAGUGUUAGAAAGCCUUGAUUAUUCACCUUGCCCAUAUGAAGUAACUGUACUGAAGGUACCAGGAACAUUAUUUGUGCUUUGGGUGCUGGAGCUAGACCCUAGGAUUUAUACUUGGGUGCAUAUGUAGGGAUGUUGAGGAUAUUAAAGUCCAGUUGGAAGAGUGAGUUGUGCUCAACUAAACAUUUGAAAGUCCUUGUAAUGUCCCUGCAGAGGUGUCUUGGAAUAAAUUUAAGUAAAUGGAUCUGAGUCAGUGUAGUCAAAAAUCUCCCUACGUUAUAGUCCGUGGUGCUUCUGGAACCAGCUGGGGGGAGGGGAACUCUGGAUCUUACAGCUUUGGAUCUGUGUUUAGCAAUCAGUUCAGAGAUCACCUCACUGCUGCAGGCUUGUUUUUUUAGAAAUGUUCAAGUGCUCAAACUGGAAGUGUUUGUGUACAUGGGAGUGGCAGGACACAGCAGUAAAACACUGUAAUUUUAUCCUGUAAAAACCUAACUGCAGUUCUGAUGGUGGCUACUGAUCUGCUGGAGGGUGUGGUGCUUCCUGUCCGACUGUACAAUUACUGAUACACCAGGGAGCAGAGAGUGAGCGAGAUGAGGAGGGGUGGAAAUGGCGAAAAUGGGACUGUUUCAGAUGCCAUUUCAAGUUCUAGCCCAGGUGUGGGUUUCACUUGGAUAUUUUGUAUUUAUGUUUGUAGCUUCUGAACAUGAAUCCCAUUCUGUUUGUAGGCCUGAGAGGUUGGGGGUGGGAGAAGGGACGGGAGCUGUGGAUUGAAAGAUGCUAUAAUGAAACUGGCUAGUCAAUGUUGUCUUAAUAUUGUUGACAAUUCUGUAAAGUUCCUUUAUAUGAAGAUUUCUGUUUUAGCAAUUUGCUUUUUUUUUUUUUUUUGACUCCCUCCUUUUUAACGAAGAAAAUGUGACACUUGUGAAAAGCUUGUAAGAAAAGCAGUUUCCUUUCUUCCUCAAUGACAGAUCCUAUAGUUAAUUAAGGUUGUGAAUUUUUUUUAUUAUUUUUCGCCUUGUUUUUAAUUAACGUUUGUCAUUCAGAAUAGGAUGUGUGAUAAUGUUUAAAUGGCAAAACAAAAAAAGAUUUUUGUGCAAUUAACAAAGCUACUGGCAAAAAAAUAAAACCUUUCUUGGUAACACAA